CUCUUAUUGGUUGCUGUUACAGGGGGUGGAGUGUAAAGUGCGAUACAAAAUAUAUCAAUCUGAAGUAGCUUGUAAAUUGAAUCAGUGACUGAAUUGGAAGAUACAAGUUGUUCAAUAGCAAGGCGAUAAAGUUGGCAACGUGAACUUUCGAUUGUUUAUAGGACUUUUAAAAAAAAACAUUAUUUCAUUCCACGCUUUUCCCAAGUUUACAACACUUUUUGUUGAAGAAACGGCCAAGAGAAACAUGCACAAAGUGUUCCUCGUGUUGUUUUUAUUUGCCUCCGUCUACUCUGAGUCGGUGCGGGAGACUGAGACAUGGAUGCCCACGAAGAUGACCCAAGCUGUGUCGCAUGACGAGCUUGUUGCGUCUGGUGACGCCCCCAACGGCUCCGACUUUGGCUUCCCUGAUGAGGAGCACGACACAUUUGACAAUGAGGAUGAAAUGGACGAUGAAGACUUCUCUGGCUCUGGAGAUGGAGCAACUACUAUUACAAUCAAAAAUGACAAUACCAUGACAAAGCCUGACAUGAACGACAACAAGAUUCCAGACCUGGACAGACCCCUGAGGUCCAAACCCACACCGAAUGAGGUUGAACUGGUCCAGAAGAACAAUGAAGUGUCAGUGCGGGGUGCUCCCAAACCCGAGGAGUACCCAUCAAACGUACUGAUGGCCCAUGCAGGGGAGGAAAGCGUCUUCAGCAAAACAGAGGUCCUAGCAGCUCUGAUUGCUGGUGGAGCAGUGGGGUUGGUCUUUGCCGUCUUCCUCAUCCUUCUGCUCGUCUAUCGCAUGAAGAAGAAGGACGAAGGCAGCUACGACCUGGGAAAGAAGCCCAUUUACAAAAAGGCUCCGACAACAGAGAUCUACGCCUAAAGCCCAACUUCGCCGGGCCACCUGCCUGCUCUCCAGUGCCUCUCGAAAGCAAACCUCUCUUCUUGCCUGCUUACUGUAAAACCAGGAAGUCCCAGAGGGAGAAACCAUCAAACAAAAACUGCUUUUCCUACUCCACCACAAGUUCUAAAGUGGUUCAUUUUGAAAUGGAAUCAUCAUUUUAACUGUCAGUUUUCCUUUUUUUUUUUGUUCUUUCCCCUACAGGAAAGAUAUUGGGAGAGGACCAUUUCAGCUGCCAAACAAUGCAGUACAACAUUUAUUUGUUUCAUAAAAAAAGAUCAAUACUGCAGCGAAAUCUUGACUUUUCUCUCCCACCCUCUGUUUUAUGACACUAACAAGGUGCAAUGACAACUUCACUCAGUGAGGUCACAUGGUACAGAUAUUUAUUUUCCUCCCCCCUACUCUGAAUCUUGGUACUCAUACUGGUGCUACAGAAGUCUGUUACUGUAGCAUUUUCUUUUACAUUAUUUUUUUAAAUAAUCCCUGUGUAGGGAAAUCAUGAAAGGUUCUGUUUAGAUUCAAAUGUAUUUUGUCAAACAGAUUAAGUCUGAAGUGAAUUCCAGAUUGAUGAAAAUAACUUGAUACAUGCUACCCUAUCAAUAUAGCAGGGGCCAAGCUUGAUUCUCCAGGCUGUGUUUUGUUUGGACAGUACAGAAAUCAACAUGCUUUUAUUCCUAGGACAAAUCGCUGUGUGAAUACACCCACUCCAUCCACAAGACCACAAAAUUAUUUGUAAAAACGAGCAACACAGCGACACAUGCAUACAUGCAUGUUACAUACAUACAUGUUUUUUAAUAAAACAAUUUUUAUGUCAGACUUCAUCUCAGUGAUUACAAUGCUUGUCAACUAAGCUAUUUGAACAGCUUAUGGUUUAUCGCUGUUGACAUAAAACAAUUUUCACUGCACAUGGACUGUACGCUUCAAGGGAUCUGUACAUAGCCAUUUUAAUAAAAUUCUGAACUUAGCCAUUUCUUGGCAGAUGUUUAUUUACCAAAUAUUUUAUACUUUGUCUAACAUUACUGUAAAUGCUUGGAAUAAUCGGUUUCUUCAUACCUAAGAAGUAGGGAUGUAAUGAUUCACUGAUACAGAUUGGCCCUGGUUCAAAUGUUUGACAACCGUUCCAAAUGUACAGUAGUAUGCAUGCAUCAGUCAGAAAAUCACUAAAUUGACAAAAAGCUAUCGAGGGCGGCAAUGUCCACCCGAUAGCCGGGUGGGAGAUGCCCAGUUUUCCUUAUGGCUCGGUUCUGGUGCCUACAUACACUAGACUUAUACGAUUUACACACACGUCAGCUCAGAAACCCAGCUCAUGAGCUCUAUCGGCAGCAGAUUUGAAUUUAGAAUGGGAAAUGAAUGUGUUUAUGUAACAAAUGUUAGUGAACCGAAUCGCAUCGAUUUGUUCCUCUAAUCAAACUGAAUCGUACCGACUCGUUUCAAACUAAAACACAUCAUUCCUGUAUCAUAUCGGAGCCCAACUAUCUGGAUGCGUAUUGAAUCGUUCUGAAAGGGAAAGAUCCACAUCCCUACUAAGAAGCCUAUAGUGGGAAACACGUUUAACUACCAAUGCUAGUACUAACUUUUUCUGUCCAAUGUUUUAGAAUACUUGUUCAAUUUAACUAUCAAAUUGUAUUGUCUUUGAGGUUGGGGCUUUUCCCCCUCUUAGCUGUUGUAUUUGAUUUUAAUGUUUUAUAUACACUAGUUCAAGAAGCAAAUAGUUUUAAAUUGUGUUUUAUUUUGUACCUUUUUUUUUUUUUUGACAUUUUUACGCCGUAUAUAUUUAUGUUUUGUAGAAGGAUUGCUAUGUAAUUGUUCAGGGGAACUGAAUUGAGCCAUGUCAUUUGCAUGGGGAAAAAUCUGCUGCUUUUGUCACAAGAUAUGUGAAUCACCAAUUGAGUGGAGAAGUCAAUGAAUCAUUGAUUUCUGCAAGCAUGUUCUGAUUUAUUUGGAAAUAAAGCUAUUUUUAUGCACAUUAA